CGUUUGCUCCGGCUCCACGUGGGUCGCCGCGUCCAGUUUGGCCCGAUGGGGAAAGCUCGCAAGAGGCGCAACUGGAAGGCGCGUUUGCCGGACGAGUCCGGGCCGCGGGAUGUCCCGAUCCAGGCGUCUGUGCAGCUGGAGCUGGGGGAUGAGGCCGCCUUGAAAGGGGUGGAUGGAAGCAACGCCCUGAUCCUUCCGCCGCGGAAAACCAAGGGGCCAAAAAGAGCACCCGAGAAGCGCCCGGAAAAGAAGCCCCUGAGCAAGAAGAGGAGGAAACUUCUGCAGAAAGUUGUGGAGCAGAAAGAAAAAAAGGCAAAGCGAGCCGACUUGUUGAAAAAGCUGAGUGAAGUCCAGGCCCCUGAAGCUGAAAUGAAGUUGUUGUACACCACGUCUAAGUUGGGGAUGGGGAAGCGCAUGUUCCAGCAGAAAAGGACUAUCCAAGAAGUGGGGGCCUCCAGUCUGGAAAGGAUUAGGAGCGUCGGUGGUGCCAAUAGGAAAAGAAACCGACUCGAACCAGAUGCCGAGUCUGAGGAGGAUGAAAGUUCAAGUGAGCAGGAAGGGGACCCGGAAGAGCAGAUGGGGGAAACAACCCCGGUGGACCCAGAUGUUGCUCCGGUGCCACUCCAGCAGCCGACAGAAGCCUUCACGGAUUCACCCAGCGUGCCAAAGCAAAUUGGCCCAACUUCCCAGCCCUCCUUGGAACCUGCGGUUUUCAUUCCCGUGGAUAGAUCUCCAGAGAUUCAGGCAGCAGGUAUCGACGCGACCAACUGCCUUAACAGCUGGUCAUUGGCUGCGUACCAGCUGGCUUCCCCUUCCUCGCCUGCCCUUCCGCUGGAGCUGGUGGGCGCUUUCCCCGGGCGGCCAACGCAGGGUCAGCAAGUGCUUCACAGGACUCUGUGUCAAGGAGCUUUUCACAAUGUGUGUGGAGUGGUCAUGGAAGCCCAGAAAGGAUUGAAAGACACAUCUGUACUGGAAAAACAUUCCAAAGUGGGUCUUGCUGCAUCUGUUGUCCCUUACCAAACCAGUCUUCCGAUCAAGGGUGUUUUCUGCAUCAGCGAGUUUGAGACCUUCUGCCUUUUGAGACCUUCUGUGGCAUCACAGCAAAGUGCAUCAGUUUCGGAAAAGUCCUUGAUGCUCAGCCACAAAAUAGGCAAGUACGUGCAGGCACAGGUGGCCAGCGACUCUGCUGAGAAGUAA